AUGGAGUUCAAGUGUUUUCAGAUUAUUUUAGUUCUAUUGAUAUUUAAUUAUCGCGAUGGGUCAGAUUUUGCUAUCACUGAUCAACAGCAUACUAUAUCGCAAACCCCUAAUGGCGGAAAAGUGAAAAGAUGUAAAUCUCGUGUAUUGUAUUAUGCUAACCAUUGUGCCACGCAACAACUUGUAAUGAGUGGCGAUGUUGAAAGCAAUCCUGGUCCCGCACUCCAACGCGGAUUGAAAGCUCCAUCUUGUUCAAUCUGUGAGAAAUGUGUUAAAUGCAAUCAAAGACGAUUCAUUUGUGAUACAUGCUGGGAAACCACUCACGCUGCUUGUUUGAACCAAUCAAAUUUAGUACUCAAUGGUAGAAUUCCGAAAUAUUGGACCUGUUCAGAUUGCCAUUUUACUGUGCUUCCCUUUUCGAAUGUACGUGAUGUUUGCGCAUUGUACUCAUCUAUUCUGAGUGAUGGUGGUGAAUAUGAGGAAUUAAUAACCAUACCAAGCAAUCCAAAACAUACGAAAAUUUGCCAUCUAAAUACGCAAUCCUUACCGAGCACAUUUGACGAGUUCUCAUACAUGCUCGAAUGUCAUAAAUUUGACAUAAUCACGUUGUCCGAGACAUGGUUAAAAAAUAAUCAGGUAUUGAUUGAUUAUGUAAACAUUCCAGGAUACCAAUUUGAAUAUAAAAACAGAACUGAUAAACGAGGAGGUGGUGUUGGAAUGUACAUCAAGGACGAACUUAUUUACAAAACUAGAGACGACAUAACCAAACUCGACAAUUCUAUCGAACAUGUCUGGAUCGAAGUGAAAGGUAGAAAUAAAAAUUACUCAUAUCUAGUUGGAACAUUUUAUCAGCCAUCUUCUAUAGAAAGAGAAAAAAAAGAUUGGCUAGAACGAUUUGAUAUUCUUUUGCGUCACAUCACCGCAAAAUGGGACGGUAUUAUCAUAAUUACAGGUGAUUUCAAUAUCGACUUAUUACAAGGUGAUAAAUCCACAAUCGAAUUAUAUCAAGAUACACUUAUGACUUAUGACCUAAAACAACAUAUUACAAAACCAACCCGAAAAUCGACAUCCCUUAUUGAUCAUGUUAUUAGUAAUAUACCGGAAAAGGUAGUUAGUGAGAACGUUUUAUUGUGCGAUGAAAUUUCUGACCAUGAUGCCCCGCAUAUCGUUAUGAAUAUCAAAAAGGAUAAAUUCGAAAAACGAUACAAAUUUAUACGUGACGAGAAGCAGUUGAACAUCGAUGAAUAUAUUAGUGAUAUCGAGAAGAUUCCUUUUUCCUUGAUAGAUACUUUUGAUGAUCCGGAAGAUCAACUGUAUGUUAUGAAUGAACUCAUACUGUCCUGCAUUAAUAGCCACGCUCCUUUGAAAAGGUGUAAAUUUACACGACCACCAGCUCCCUGGAUGAAGGACCCAUCCAUUGUAUCGUCGAAACUGAAACUUGAUGAACUUCGUAGUGAAUUAAAAUCUUGUGAUGACAGAGAGGCUAAACAUGAGUAUGUUGAAACGAGAAAUAAAUUGAAGAAGGCUAUCAAACACUCUAGAAGAACCUUCUAUCAAAAGGCUUUAUCAAGUAACCGUUCAAAGGAAGUAUGGAAAACCAUAAGAACUAUUAUUAAACCACAGUUCAAAAUCUAUGAAAGAAGAUGUAAAAGGUGUGUGUCCUUGUUUCCAUUUUUUCUAUUUCGUUUGUCAUGUGCAAGUUUAUCCGAUCGCACUGAACUUUUGGAAGACGAUGUGUGUAAAUUAAAAGGCCAGCAGCAACAUCAGUAUAAUGGUAAGCAAUUCAACCCAAUUAACAAAAAACUGUAG